AUGACUACAACCAGUGGGACCUCAAACGGCAUUCUCAAGUCGGCAGAAGAGAUCGCCAAAGCGGCGAAAGCAGCGUAUGAGGAAUCUCAACUUGUCACGACCGAGCAGCGGAAUGAUGUCCUCGAGAGCAUUCGUCGGGCGUUGCAGGCGAGCAGGGACAAGGUAUUCGAGGCAAAUCGUCUAGACCUCGAGGCAGCAGAAAAGGAAGUGCAGGCUGGCCGCCUUUCGCAGCAGUUGGUCAAACGACUUGACCUUACAAAGGGCAGCAAGUUCGAUGACAUGCUGCAAGGGAUCUCGGACGUGGCUGCUCUGCCCGACCCAACAGGGCACGUCACGUAUGCCACCAAUCUAGAUGAAGAGAUGGAAUUGUAUCGGGUGACAUGUCCGAUCGGCGUACUGCUUGUAAUUUUCGAGUCACGGCCAGAGGUGGUGGUCAACAUCACCGCGUUGGCUAUCAAGUCCGGUAACGCUGCUAUUCUCAAGGGUGGCAAGGAGUCGGCUCAUACUGCCGCACUCCUGACCUCCAUCGUCCAAUCUGCGCUCUCCACUUCCCCCCUCUCUCCUUCGUUCAUCCAAUCCGUCCAAACCCGUCAGGAGAUCUCCGCUCUUCUGUCCCAAGACCGAUACAUCGACCUCGUUAUCCCGCGCGGGUCGAACGCCCUCGUUAGGAGUAUCCAGAAGGCCUCACGGAUCGCUGUAAUGGGUCACCCAGAUGGACUCUGUGCAGUAUACCUCGAUGCAAGCGCGGAUGGAACCAAGGCAGUGCGGAUUGCUGUUGAUGCCAAGUGCGACUAUCCCAGUGCAUGCAACAGCGCCGAGACGCUGCUCGUUCACGAGAGCCUCAUUACCACAGUUUGGCCCAAGGUCGCGCUCGCUCUCCUGGAUAAGGGAGUCCAGCUGCGGUGUGAUGCCGCAUCUCUUGCGGGACUCCGAUCGUCCUCGGAGGUGAGCAAUAACAAGUCAUUUGCGUCACUCGUCCGCGAAGUUACGACAGAAGACUACGACACCGAGUUCCUCGACCUGAUCCUCGCUGUCAAGGUUGUGUCCUCCCUAUCACAGGCCGUGCAGCAUAUCAACGCGCACUCAUCUCAUCACACCGACGCCAUCGUCACGGAAAACGCGGAGAACGGGACGUUGUUCUGCAGGGCAGUGGACAGUGCAGGCACGUUUGUGAACGCAUCCACACGAUUUGCGGAUGGAUUCAGGUAUGGACUGGGAACGGAGGUCGGCAUCUCGACCGGUAGGACGCAUGCUCGUGGACCUGUUGGGCUGGAAGGAUUGGUGAUCUAUAAAUAUAUGAUACGCAGUGCGGAUGGGAAGGGAAGUAUUGCUGGAGAGUUUGGGACUGGGAAGAAGCCAUUUUUGCACCAGAAGAUACAAGGGGUUACUCGUUUGCCAUUCUGA